UAAAAACAGUUAGUGACAGAGAGAGAGAGAGAGGGAGUUGCAUCGCUUAAUUUCAUUCUCUUCAAAGCUGUGAGCGCUAGGAAAGCACACACGCACACACACACAGAGCGCUAUCAGAUCAUCCUGAGCAGCUGGGAUUUGGAACUACAAUCCAUCAGAGAGAGUUUGGAUCUACUGAGGCUGAUUGUGUGUCAGCAUCACUGCAAGAGAUACAACAGGACACAGAAGAAACACACACACUCAGCAUGUUCGGAAUGAUCAAAAACUCACUGUUCGGGACCACCGAGGAAGUAGAAUACAAACUACUGGCCACUGAGACUAAGGAUCGGGGCCUUGUCGUGGCGGAAGGGCUUGUGUGGUCUAGGGAAGAUCCUCAUCAGGAACAAUAUACUCCUGGCAGGGUCCCCCAGGGCAAACAGGUCUGGAGUGAAGACCAGCUGGGCUCAGCCCGAAGAGGCAAUGUGGGGAGACCGUGUGGGCCCAUCAUCCACAAGGAUGGUGUGAGCUAUGAGGUUCGCCGCUAUGAUGCAGCUAAGUAUGCCUGUGUGAGCUCAGAGGGGCGGAGCUUUGACCAGGUGUCAGGUGAGCUAGUGCGCCGGCUGCUCAUGUACACUGGAGGCAGCAAUGACCAAGGUGAGGCGAUGGGUACCACAAUCCCCAUUGUCAUCACAGUGUUUCCACGUGAUGAUGGAGUCAUGACCCGUCGCCUGGUUGCUGGGAUGCAGAUUCCUAACAACUACAGGAAUGAGCCACCCACCCCUACAGAUAGUGGAAUAAGGAUAGAGGAUAGACCAGGAAUGACUGUAUACGCAUUGCAGUUUGGUGGUUUUGCAGGGGAGAGUGAGUAUCGUGCGCAGGCAGCCCGGCUGAUUCGGACUCUGGGAGAGGGCGCUCCCUACCAACGCAAACAUUACUUCUGCUGCAGCUACGACCCACCAAUCAAGCCCUAUAGCCGCCGCAAUGAAGUGUGGUUCAUCCAGGAGGAGCCCUGAGAAACACACACACGCACAAACACACACAUACACACAUCCAUUCACAUGCAUAUAUAUAUAUAUACACUCACCAUACACUUUACUAGAAGCCCCUUGUGUAUUUCCACUCACAGGCCAAUAGGGCAGGGAAAUACUGCCAAAUAUAUUAUCAUAAUAUUUUUUCCAUGUCAUUUGAUAUCAAUUGUACGUAAUUAAUAUACAGUCCCUACAGUCCCUGCUCAAUUUUCAAAAGGAACAGUCCCAUUGCACAGGUUGCUAACAAUGAAUGGAAGCUAGCGGUCAUCAGAUAGCAUAACUGGUUAGCAUAGUUAGCAUAUCACUUUUUUUAUUAUAUUUGCUUUCAUUCAUUGCAUUAGCAUUAUUAUGAUUAUUAUUGACUGAUGAUAAAGUCUCAGUAGUAUGUUGAAUCCUGAAGAAAUAAAAGACCUUUUCUGAUGAAGUAUACAAAACUAUUGGAAUGUUUCUAGCACAUUUUUUGCUACCUGUACAGCAAGUAAAAGGCACACAGCAUCAUCAAGCCUUUGUUGCUAAUACCAGUUAAUAAAUAACAAAAAGAAUUGAUUUUGAUAGUUAUUGUUAUGGAUUUAUUUAAUAUGCUCCACCUACUUUACAAUUAGGUCAUCUGUUGUCAUGUACAGUUUGUCAGUUAUCAACUUCUGCCCAUUGAUGAAGUACUUGAGGACGGCUAUCAAACUGAGUAUCAACAGAUAGACUACAGCUAUCUGCAACUGCACACCAGCAAGGUGGAGUUACAAGGGCUUUCAGAUAAUGGCUGACCUGUGUAUGCACUCUCUCUCACACACACACAGACACAUACAAGCACGCACACACACACACACACACACACACACACACACACACACACAAACAUUUAGGUUAAUUACAUCAUUUAUUUGGAAUAGACACUCCCAAAAUUUUCCCCUGCUGCACUGACGUUGAACUGUAUGCUUGCACUGGGUCGGUAUGACCAAAAGGUCAAAACAAGCUUAAAACAAAGUGCGCGCUGUGCCCUGGAGUAAAAAGUAAGAUGUUUGACUUUGAAAUGUAGUGGAGUGAAAGUAAAAAGUUGCCUAGAAUGGAAAUACUUCAGUAAAGUACAGAUACAUGAAAAGACUACUUACUAACUAAUUACAUUUGCUCCAUUACUGUCCAUCACUAGUUAGACGCCACACUGGAAGGUUGUUAGACAACAGUCUGGUGCUAGGACAGACACAUGGGACCAGUCUUCAUUUAAAAGCACAAACAUUUUAACCUCUUCUGAAUACUUCUCACAUUAGCACUAUUAAAGCCAGCAGCGUUGCGUGAUGCUUAUUCCCCUGCACUCUCUUCUUGUCAUUUCCCUUGUAGCUUAUAUUUUAUAAUUUGGGAUGUCAUGUGUGUGAUUUUAUGGAAAAAUCUCAGAAAUGCAUUUGCAAAAACAGGCCUAGGGACUUUUUUUGGCUAAUUAUCUUGUGACCCCAGAUGGACUGCUGCUGUGCUGUGGUUUUGAGAAAGCUGACAUUUGAAGUUUACAACGCACACUACGAAUAGACUCGAUUGACUUACAAGGAAGGUUAUCUAUUUAUAAACAGCAUCUGCCCUGAAAGUAUCAGCAUACUUAUGCCCUAAAAGUGUAAAAAGAAAUUAAUGUGAGAUUAACCCCAUCUCCCACUCCUUGCAUUUGUGAAUGAGUAGUUCACUUUAUAGUGCAUUUAUAGUAGAUGUUUAGUUUUACGGAAAACACAGAGCAAGUGUUUAAAUGAAAUGAUUAACUGAAAUGAAAGUGUUUGUGAUGACUGGAUGCAUCUGAAAAUCACCUUGAUGAAGUUCAUGUCUAACACUGAUAUGGCACACAGAUUGAGGUUUGGGAAUACUAUGGAACAUCCUGCUGAUGUCUGGUCCAAGAGGAAUCAGUUGUGUUAGAAAAUUGAGACUAAAUAUGACCUGUAGAGUUGCAAUUUGAUGUUUCCUCCUCAACUGUGUCUCACGCUAUGUGGACUUGUUUAUAUUUUUAAUCUUUACAUAUAGGUUCAUGAUUAAAUGGAAGCAAUACAGUGGUUUUCUUGUUUGCUUUCCAAGUUUAUCUCAGAGCAUUUCUACAGUUUAGAUUCAUUUGAUCUAAUACACUGAUAAACUGAUACACUUUUCCAUGUGUGUGUAAAUAUAAUAGGAGUAGCUUCUCUUAUUUAGUUAAUGACUCAGAAUCUGAAGCUAAAGCUGUGUGUAGCGUGUGACUAUGUUUGAAAAUCUAGGCUGGAUGUAUUUGACUGAUUUACCUACAUGUGAAAAUAAAGGUUUGUGGAAAACAGAUGUGGAGUUUACCUACUGA